UCUCUUUGCUGUUAAAUUCCUCGUGGUAAUCCAAGAGUACUAAUAACUCACCUGCUCAAAAAUCAAUCCAUCCCACUCUUCGUUUGUCCGUGCGCAGGUUACAAAGUAGGAAGACAUGGAUAAUGCUUCAGAGAUGAAUGCACUAUGAUUGCAGCUGGAGGUGGGUAGAAGCAGUAAAGAUAUUGCUGAAAUCUUUGUCUAGUGGUCUCCCUGAUCUGACACACUUCACCACUGUCGCUGCCACUGCCGUGCCACAUCCUUCACAAACAGAAAUGGAGGAGAAAGCCAUGACCACUGCUUUCCCCUCCAUGGAGUGCUGCCAGAGGUCACCAGAGAGCAGUGAGGUUGUUAAUUACAACAACAAUGGUUCGCCAAAGAUCAGUGCAAGAGGACACUGGAGACCAUCCGAAGACCGCAAACUCAAGGAGCUUGUUGAGCUCUAUGGCCCUCAAAACUGGAACCUCAUUGCAGAGAAGCUGGAGGGCAGAUCAGGGAAGAGUUGCCGCCUGAGGUGGUUCAACCAGUUGGAUCCUAGGAUCAACCGGAGACCAUUCGGCCAUCAGGAGGAAGAGAGACUAAUGGCUGCUCACAGGGUGCACGGCAACAAGUGGGCAAUGAUCGCGAAACUCUUCCCUGGAAGAACUGACAACGCAAUCAAGAAUCAUUGGCAUGUCAUCAUGGCCAGGAAGUACAGGGAACAAACAACGCCUGCCUCUUUGAGGAGAAGGCUUAUGGUCGAGGAGGAAGUAACCAAAAUGGCGUCUCCUUGCUUGCCUUUUCUUGGUGGCUCAUCCAGUGACUUUGAUUGCAGCUGCGAGAGUUCUACUCGAGCAACUCCAUUUGACUUCUUCUCUGUUGAUCAACCCAAGGUUCGUUUGUUCGACCAAUCAUCUUUCAUUAGCUUUCCACCUCAGCAGUCAAGCCAUGUUUCAGCCAAUGAGACACCACCAUUUGAUCACGAUCAUGAGAUCACCAAUCUUGAUGCACCGCCAAGCUUCAUAGAUUUUCUUGGUGUCGGGGCCGGAUGAGUUGGCAGUUGGAUUAGUGGGGACCAAUUUGAGAACACAGAAGGAUCCUCUUGGUAUGUGUUACCGGACACUUUGUUUUUUUCUUUCCCUUUUCCCUUCGUCUAGAUCAAUUAAUUGUUUUCUGAACAAAAUAUUUUGUUCUUAAUCUUUAUAAUCUAAAAAAUAUUUUAUAUCCAUUAGUAAAUUAUAAAGCAGACUAA